AUGGCGACUAUUGCGCUUCCCAGACCCAUCGCGCCCCACCGAUCUUCGUCUGGCAUUGUGACACUGCCGGCGCCAAUCACCCUCGACACGCAACAGCAGCAACAGCCGGUGCCAAAUAAACACCUCCCAGUCUGUCCAACCGGACCAGCUCUCUCACAAGACCCAAACACUCCGCCGCCAUCUCCUCUGCAAGAGGCCGAGUCACGCCAGGCGUCGCUGCUCUAUCCCCCGGACAAAUAUAUCAGAGUCGAUUCCGGUCCGCUAUCUUUGUAUAAGAUCAAUGCUGCAGAUGUUGCCGCUGCUUUGGAUUAUCAGUCCCGCCAGCCUCUUCCAGACCCUUCCCUUGUCUUUCCCUGGUUCCAUGGUUUGCACCCGAGCAAUCAUGUGCAACAAGCCUUCUUCAUUGCCCGGAGGAAAGCACUCAGAAGAACACCCGUCUGCCUGAGAGGCGUGACUAUCGUCAAGGCUGAUGGCGAUCUCACUUGCGCAAAGCUCAAGGGCGCGAUCGCCCCGGCCGACUUCCUACAACCUGGAUCUGUCGGCCAGUUCUUGGACGUGGACCCGAAAGAGGGCUUCUCCGUCAGGAACUUUCAAAUCCAGACGGCCAAAUCCGCCAUGACAUCUGACGUUAUCAUCUAUGGCGACAAUGCCAACACCUUGCGAGAUGUUGCCUGGAAAGUGGCAUCGGCACAGGCUAAAUGGCGUGAAAGGCACGAAGAUCAGCGAGACACUAUCCCACUUUACAGCACAUUUAUCUGCUCCUCCCCAUUUAGCAUCUUUGAGAAGGACCAUGCCGAGAUUGUGUCAAUUGACGGGGCCGGUGAGCUCACCGGGGAUGUCUUGGACUUUUUUCAGCAAGAGCGGCUUGAAAUGUACGCCAUGACCAAGGCAUCCGAGAUUUCAAGUAAUGUGUGGCUAGGGCCGACACCUGAGCCAUCCAGUGAUGAAGAGCGUCAAUAUGACAUUCUAAUCGAGUGCAGCGAUCUCGGUCGGCUCAACCCAUCUCCUCUCCAUGCUAUUGCCAAUGGCUCAGCCAAUUGCACCUCGCAGAUCUUCUUGGAUUUUCCAUCAUCCGGCAGCAUUCUCCCGCCGACCUGGUCACACGCCGAUGCGGACGGAAUUCUGGAGACAUGCAAAUGGAUAUGGCAUAUUUCUCACGGCACUUUACCUUCAAAGAAUGAAAUUGAUGACGAAGGGGACACAUCCAUGGCCGAAGACGGUUCGAUAGUACUGAGUCCUCCAGGACCCAAGAAGAUUCUCAUCCACUGUGCAGACGGCUACACCGAGUCAACCAUGCUUGGUAUCGCGUAUUAUAGCUACAGCACUGGUCAACCUGUACCCGAUGCCUGGCUCAAUUUGCAUACAACGGAGAAGCGCAACUUCUUUGCGUACCCAACCGACGUCGCGUUGCUGACGGCCAUAUCCCCACGUCUACUACAAGAAUCGCCUCUUUGUGCUGACAAGUCAAUAUCGGAUAUCAAUGAUAUGAUUCGUGACGAACCAAAGUGGCUGGCGAGUCUGGACGGUUCUUAUCCGAGCCGAGUUCUCGAUUACAUGUACCUGGGUAACCUCGGCCACGCCAACAACCCGGAUUUGCUGAGGGCGCUGGGGAUAAGGCAGAUCCUGAGUGUGGGCGAGACAGCCAUGUGGAGAGAUGGCGAGCUAGAGGCAUGGGGAUCGGAAAACGUCAAGAUCGUCCAAGGUGUGCAAGAUAACGGCAUCGACCCAUUGACAGACGAGUUUGAAAGCUGUUUGAAAUUUAUUGAUCGCGGAAGGCGUAACGGCACAGCUACCUUGGUGCACUGUCGAGUCGGGGUCUCACGGAGCGCAACCAUAUGCAUUGCCGAAGUCAUGCGCGAGCUGGGCCUUUCUUUUCCCCGGGCGUAUUGUUUCGUUAGAGCCCGGCGGCUCAACGUUAUCAUUCAGCCUCAUUUGAGGUUCGCCUAUGAGUUACUCAAGUGGGAGGAGGUAUUACAAAGCCGCAAAGCAUCAUCGACCGACCACCGCCGUGGACUAUUCAAGCGGGAGCUCGAGUGGUCAGAAAUCACUCGGGAAAUCGCACUCAUGAAUCGUCCAUACGCCAGGUAA